CGUUACUAUCAAACAUUUCGAACAAACAUUCGAUUUGUUUGCUCUUGUUUUGACUGUGGUUCGAGGUGGAUGUGUUUUGCUUUCGUCUUUCGCCAAUAAAUUUUUGCAUCGCCACUUGAAAAAGAAAACAACGGUUUGGUUUGUGGGAAAUAACACACAGAAACAGUCAUUGUUUUUGCUGAGGCAGGCUUAUAGUUGAGGGAGAGUGAAGUUUUUGGAUGAACAUACUUAUGUAAGGCGAUGCUUUGAUUGACCCAUCACGAUAUCGGUAAAUCAAAUAUGUGUUUCAAAAAGUUGUAGUCAUUAUUAGAAUUGUUGUGACGACAGUGAAUAAUCAUGAGUAAGCAAACAUUUGAAGAUAAACAGAUUCUUGCAUAGGACGUUUGCGGAAUUUGUUUACGUUUGAGAUAUAGCCCCGAAAUUCAAAACCGCGCAAUUGUGUUGCGAGCAAAAAUUUAUACGAGAGAGAUGCGCUUCACAACUGCCGCAAUCGGAUUGAUUGCGUUUAUCGUAAUAUUUUCGGUGUUUGUAGCGAAUGUCGCAAACCUCGUUGGAAUUGAUAACGUAUUGAGCAAACGGCUGGAUACGGCCUUCAACGUCGGGCGGCAGCGUUGGAAUGUCGACUCGCAGGAACAGCUGAGUGAAGCACUGAAGCUUGACGAUAGUCCCCGUCAUGUGUUGUGGUUUCUACAGAUUUCAGACAUACACAUCAGCUUGUACACCGAUCCGACUCGUAUUCCACAUUUGUUUGAUUUCUGUAACCGGACGGUGGACAUCAUACGACCCGCGGUAGUGCUCGCCUCCGGUGACUUGACGGAUGCGAAAACGUCUAAUUUCCUUGGCUCCCAGCAGCAUGAACAGGAAUGGCGAUGGUACAGGGAUGUGCUGCGAGAUACGAAUGUACUCAACAAAACCGCCUGGUUGGAUAUCCGAGGCAAUCACGAUAACUUCAAUGUACCCGCGCUGCAAACCAAACUGGACCUAUUCACGUAUUACUCCGCCCAGGGGAAGGAUCAUCCUCGAUCGUACUUGCAUCAGGUCACGAAGGACGGUGAACAGUACAGUUUCAUCGCUGUCGAUGCUUGUUUGGACCCGGGUCCGAAGAGGCCUUUCAAUUUCGUCGGAAUGCUUUCCAAAAACGAAACGCAGCACAUAAUCAAUCUAGCGGAGAGAUCUAGAGCCCUGGAUACUAACUAUACUAUAUGGUUUGGACAUUAUCCGACUUCCUGUAUUUUGACGCCAGGUUUGGGAACCAGCGGUAUCCGAAAUUUGAUAAGCAAGUACCAAGAGGGGUAUGCGUAUCUUUGCGGGCAUUUUCACAAACUGGGAGGAGCCGUGCCGCAAAUGUACACCCUGCAGAAUGAAGGUUUCCUCGAGCUUGAGCUGGGAGACUGGAUGAAGAACCGAAUGUAUCGGUUGGCAGCGUUCGAUCACGGUCAGUUUUCGUUCGUUGAUCUGCAACACAAUCAGUGGCCUGUUGUGUUGGUGACAAAUCCGAAGAAUGCGCUUUUCAACAUACCUGGUAAGGAAAAUCCGAGGGCCCAACUGGAAUCCACGCACAUUAGGAUGUUAGUGUUUUCCCCGGCGAAGAUUACCGAAUGCCAGGUCAAAAUCGAUCAAGAUGAAUGGGUGGAUUGUGUCGCCGUCAGUAGGGAGCUAUUCGUGGUUCCAUGGAAGCCGCAGAGCUACGCACGGGGAGUUCACAAACUAUCCGCUUUUGUGCGUGAUGACGAUGGUAGAUAUCGCGUGGUGGAACAGGAGUUCACCUUGGAUGGUUCGAGGAAAAAGUUCAGCACACUGGCUCGCUUCGUCCUGAUGUACGAUACCAAUAAAAUCUUCCAGGUGUUCUUCAGCGUGGCGCUCAUUUUGUGUCUGGUGCCGCUGUGCGUUUUUCGUAUUUGGCAUACGCUGGUCAGAACUGGCACAGUUACCCGUCCUCGUAUUCGUGGCCAUUGUUGUCGCGGUUGGAUUCGAAAGAUGUGGAUACUAUCCACCGUUGAUCGGUUGAUGUUUCCAAUAAUUGGCUACUGUUUGUAUCUCACCUGUGGUCCAUGGUCCUUUGGCGAGAUCAUUGACGGUUAUGUGGGAAUUGUUUUCGUGUGGGGUAUCUUCGUUAACGGAACGUUCCUACCUGGCACAUUGACGUACUUCUAUGGAUUUUUCCAACUGAUGCUCUGUCAGUUCCCGCUAAUGAUUAUUUACGCUAAUAACGCGGAAAAGAGGUUUCUCCGUGGUUCCGCGAAUGCCGAAAAGAAGCUUGGCUUCCUGGCAGUCACCUGGCUAAAUCUUCCCUUCGUUCUGAUCAUGAUGGCAGAGUUGCUCCUUGCGGUGUUCUUCUGGAAUGCCUACGGAACGUUGGCUUUCAUCAUCACACCUCUCCGGACGUGGUCUAUAGUGCUUAAUGUUGUGCUCUGGUAUCAAUCCAAGAACUUACCAGACAAGGCACUCUGUUCGGCCGCAGCUGUGUGGUCCCUGUCACCUGAAUCAAAGGUAGUUUUGUCACAGUAAGCGGACAAUCGAUGUUUCACGUUUGACAAAAUGACAAAAUUAUUCGGUUUCAAUUUUCUAAUGUUUUCAACUACACGGCUCGAAUGGAAUGUGUACCAAAACAAUGUUAUCAAAUAUUCCACAUGCAAAAUAAUAUGUAUGUUUUUAUAUAGUCAUAACCUGGCCAUUAUUAUCAUUCUAAGUGCUCUUAGUUUACUUGUUAUAGUAGUUCUUAAAUCCAAGGAUCACCGACAGAUGUGCUUUUCACUGUCUGAUGAAGGAUAGGUAGAUUGUUCCUGCGAUUCCAUAUGCUACACACUGACUGAACUUAGUAAAAAUGAUUUCAUUCGUUCUAGGCAUGCAUACUGUAACUAUGCAAUAUUGAAGAGGAACUUGUGAGCUUGUACAAGUUCGUAGAGCCUACGAAGUUAGGAAUGACUUAGAUUUAAAUGUGUAAAGUGAACAGAAAUGAUUUCACUUUUUUGUUAUAUCGUCGCACUUACUGCAUUCAAACAGUAAAUAAUUAUAACCUCCGAUAAUUUCUUGAUACAAUGUAUGUGAGCAAAAUGUAUAUUGAUGAUCAGCUGUAUGUUGUUAAAACGAAGAAUAAUAGUAUUAAUGAGUGUGAUAUUUUCAAAUAAAA